AUGACCGCCACGACCAAACACAAAAUGAUGAUGCGAUGGAUUAUACCACAAAACAGAGGCCCAGAUCCUCCAGCAAGUUUUGGACGCCACAUUGAGGAACUCUUCGAUAAUAUUGACACCUGCAUCGCUUUCUCAGUAGAAGGCGGAGAUGUCAUUAGUGACCGCAACACUGUCAGCGCCGGAAUAGCCACUCUACAAGCCACGGGCCUAUUCAUUCAUCCCAUCCGAGAAUGGAAAAAGCGUUUACACCAGGAAAACCGCAACCUCACCCACUUCAAAGAAUUCUUUCGUGAUGCUGAAAAUGUCCGCCAGACCGAAACCACUGUCACCGCCGCAGGCUACCACCAACGAGCCAACGCAACUAUCCCGGACACCCAAACCGUUACCACCGGGACUCCUACGCUCACCCAUCCACAAAUGAUCGACAUAGCCACGAUCACCGGGAUCGUCCAAGAGUCACUUCGAGAAUCCCAAGCAGCAAACGCAACCCCCACCACCACCGAUUGCGCCAACCGCACGCUCGUACCAGAGCUGUUCACGGAGCCGACUCGAUGCAUGGGAUUUGGUGCUGGCUCGGUUACUGCCAACACCCAAGCCACAACAGUGAUACGUGCAACUUCCCCAAGGAGGGCCACAACAUCAAGGCCACCGCACAAAACAAAUGGAGGCGAACGAACGAUACAGCCGCCGGAAAUGAUUUCAGGGAAGCUAACCUAA